AUGGUGAGAUGUCUAAACCCUCAAUUUCAUCGACCCAAAUGGAUCAAGCAAACACUCCCUGGAGCAUGGAAAAUGGAAGGUCGUGUUUCAGGCCAAGUUAACGAUGACGGUUCUGUUCAAUUCUUCUUCACUAAUGAGCACCAUUUGCUGACUNUUCUCGAAGGAGGACCAUGGUCAUUCAAGGAUUGGAUGGUUGUGGUUGAUAGGUGGACAAAUCGUCAUUUUCCGAGGUAUCUAAAAGACAUAUCCUUUUGGGUUCAGAUUUUUAAUCUCCCGAAUGAGCAUCGGAACAUCCAUACUGUUUUAGAAAUUGGGAGUCAUUUGGGUAGGGCUGAUGAGAACCCAGAAAAGUGGGCAGGCGUGCCGAGGUGA